UAGUCGUUCAGCGUUCGUGCGCCAUGGCGUGCAGGGUUACUUAUGGCGCGUAUUAUAAUAACCGGGGCACUGCUCGUGCCUAAUGCCGAUAUUCGAUAAUUUUUUGCUGUGUUAAUGAGAGAUGAUAAUACAUCCGGAGGCGCGAUAGAGAAGUUGAUAUAAGAUAGAGAACUAGAAAUUCACUAAGCGCUAGCUUCGGUAUAUCGAGAGAAAAUAUCGUCGUUAGUCUUUUGUGUUUACUAUCGUGAAAAUAUUUUUUUCUUCUUGUCUCGCUUGGCUACCUAAACUGUUUACACUAAGAUAGCAUUGAGAUCUACGAGCUACGACGUGGACAGUGAACGAUCGUCAAUAGAAGAAGCAAAAAGUUGUAAUGUGAAUAUUGCUGUUGGACAAACAAGCCUGAAACGAUGAAAGUAGUUGAAAUGGGUUUGAUUUGGAAGCGAGUGAUCGGCUCCAUUAAUUAAGAUACUGUGAAUCGAGAUAUGUAGUGAACACGCAGUGUCGUACUUGUGUAUGAAGUUAGUGUUGUAAUUUAUACGUAUGUUAAGUGUAUUUUGAUUUUGCGGUUAUAAUUGUAAACUCGGCGAGUGUUAAUACUUACUGAGUCCAUUUGUUAAUUAUUUAAGCAGUCUGGAACUGUCGUGGAUUUGUCUUUGUAAUUGAUGGUGUAUAUAACGAGAAGUGAUAAUUGGAAAAUACAAUAAUUGUGAAUUUAAAUAUUUAUUAGGCUGCGAUAGGUGGCACGUAAUUAUCACAGAUCGAUCGGUGCAAUUUGAAACUGGCGCCGUUUGCCGAUCAGAAAUGAAUACGGAAAAGUGUACGCUCUGAGAGGGAAAUGAAGAAACUGAAGUAAAAGAAGAAAAAUUCUACUAAAUACGGCUAGAAAGUAAACAGACUUUUACGUCAAGAAAAUCUCUAAGACGAUGGCGUCGCCAGUCUAAUAAAACGACAGACGGACAAAUUAGCAGCUGCCACUUGAUUGGACCUCUUUAUUUUUCUCUUAUUUCUAUUUUCACGGAGGGAGAGCUUGCGUCGUCACACGUGUGAAUCCACGCCGUGUCCGAUAGGUUUCGAAUCAAGAUUGUGUCAGUAUAGCAAAACAAAUUGUGAGAAAGUGAAGUGCAUUUACCAACCAUGUUCUAUCCCGUUAGAUAAAGGAUUAAAACCUUCCAAAUUCGGCAAUAUGAUGAUGGCACCACAGGUCGUAGGUGUAUUGCUGAAAAAACCAGGUCAGCAACGUCACCCACACGUUCCACCUCUGGAUCCUCAGGAAACAAAGAUACGAGGUGAACUGUACGUGGAGGAUCUAGGCGAGCGAAGGGUCGUAUCAAUCAGGAUGGGUUGGCUGUGGGUGGAAGGUACGCCAAUGAGACUUCCCUUGAGAGCUCUGAACCUUCGUCAAGCUGCACCCAGUGUCUGUCAACCUCACGUGCUAGCAUUGGGAUUCACCCUGAGCAACUCGCAGGGCGAUACUCUCGCGACAUUCUGGGCUGAUACUGAACCUGUUUAUUGGUCCUGGGUCCGAGCGAUAGCUGCCGAGCUGGUACGUCAAACUCCAUUCCGGGCUCAACGUUGUCUCAACUUCCUGGAGAUCCUGACGAUCUGUCCCAGAGGACCAGUACCACUUCCGGACAGUCCCGUGGAAACGCGUCGAAGAUCCAGAAGUGAAUUACGAUGCUGGCUUCGGGAUUCGCCCUGCGACACUGACAGGAGUACCAGCAUCUUGGAAGAGACCAGAAGACGCGCCAAGAGCGAAUUACGCGGCUGGUCCAGCAAUUCCAGUGACGAGGAUCUUCUCGGUGACUUUCGUAGUAUUCCGACUAUCCGAACGAAAGCCGAACCACUUGGCAGGACCUGGGGCUGCAGCGAGAGCAGCGAAGGAAGUGACGACAGUCUUCCUUGGGGCGGUGGACAGUCGAGCGUCGAUUCCGUGGAUUCUGCCAAUUCGGUGAAUUCCAUAAAUUCCAUAAUUGGCAUCCCGAGUCUUCUCAGUCAGUCGGAAACGAGGGAACAAAGGAUACAGCGGUACAAAGAAGCGAGAAGACGCGAGAACGAAGCCAGAAGCAAAAGAGUCCUCGAGGAGGACGCUAGGAAUCGACGUGCCAGAGCUGAAGAGAAUAAUAAUGUAUUGCCAGCCAGAGGUUGCCAUUCUAACGAUAACCAGGAAGCCAGGAAACGCCUCGGACCUACGAGGGAGUCAGUAACUGACUCGGAUCGUCAUGAGAACUUCAGAGCUAGGACAUCGGAUAAUGAUUCGUCCCGUAGACGACCUCCUGUCAAACCUAUCGAGAGCUCAGUGCGGUUCGAGGACAAUGACACCAACAACAACUGUAACAACAAUCCUGUAGUUAGAACUGAUUCGGGUGAACGUAGAAGUCGCGCGAGGGAACGUCGAAGUGUACGCGAGAAAGGACAUUCCGGAACGUCCUUGCAGAUAUCGAAUUCUUCCUCGGCCUUGGAGACUCUGCAGGAACGUAAGGAACGCUUAGCGUCGUCGUCAAGGAUUCCCGUACCCAAGCAAACGAAGACCAGAGACACCAGUUGUACGACGCAGUUGCCCAGGUCGCCGACUUCGCUCUCCGUUGUCGUGGAACCUCGCGAAGAAGACGUGGCCAGAUUACUAGAACGGUGUCAGAGAGUCGACCACUAUGUUCCCGUGAGGGAUAAGCUCACGCUGUUCGAAUCCUUGUCCAGGCUCGGCGGUAGACUCGCCAGGAGUACAGAGGACCUGGGUAGGAGCACGUCAAAGCCAAGUCCACGUGGCAAACAACGUGCCAGGUCGUUGCAUGAUCUAAAUCGUGGAAAUAAGUCACUGCCGGUGCGGGAAAUGUGCCGUUUCUUCGAAGGUGACCUGGAUGAUCAGGAUAUCGUGUGCAACGUAUCGAAAACUAGAUUCAGUGAUCCUGUCACCCCUACCAGAGGACCCUUCAAUGAUUCCAAGGAUGAAAACUUUACUAGAGUCUCCGCGAGAGGAAAAUAUUCGAAAUAGAAAGACUUUAAAUAUCUGUCACCACUGUGAAUACUCAGCGAAUCCAUAUUGAAUCCUGGUGGAAUAGUAAAUGGGAUCCAUCAAGCGUAUAGUACUGUACAAUUCUCUGGUAGAGUUAACUAGUCAGUUUGCGCAUGCAGGAUCGGCACUCGUAUAUUUCCCACUCGUUAUUGGACUCUUGACUUUCGCUUGCGAAUUCCGUUAUUAUCGUUGCCAGUCAGUGCGUACUUUCAUCCGUUUGAUUUUUCAUUGGUAUACGUAGAUCGCGGGGAUAACCGAUUAAUGACGUUACCUCUCAAUUUACACUAUAUCUCAAAGCUGACCGUAUUUCAAGGACUAUGAAAAGUCGAUACAAAAUUUCUGUACAUAAAACAAAAAGGAUUAUACGAUAAUUAUAUAUGAUAAAAAAAAAUAUUCAUCACGUUAAGCGUUGAUUUACGUGAAUUCUUUUAAUUUAUACACGUUAAAGUAUCUUUCGGGCUAAUUAAAGUGAUUGGCCUGAUAUUUAUUUUCGAUCCACGAAACGUAUUUUCUAUUUAUGCUACAACGAUACUCGUGUGUUUCUGGUUCAAAAGAAUGUAAUAUCGUAUAUUGCACGCAAUUGAUUUCACUUCUCGUUUCACUUUCUAUAGUUGAUGAUGAACGAUCUGCCAGACUUUGGGGAACGAGAGCGACUCCUUCUUGUUCCGAUGGCAAAUGUUAAUUUCCGCUGACCUUUAGCUAUUAUACGAGAGCGAAAAAUUCGGGUCAACGCAAGAAAGGAGGUGCGUGUUUUAUCAUGCGGGUCCCAGACAGACGUAUCAUACUUUCGCCCAUCGCGUUACGACGUUACGUUACAAGUUUUGAUCGCGUGACGCGCGAUUCCUUUUUAAUCUCCUGUCGCGCGUUGAGAAUUAGCGACGAUCAACUUUGAGUCGUCGAAAUUAAAGAAUAGCCAGGAGUAAUAAUACAGAUAAUUGUAUAUCUAUUUAUUACGUGUUCCCAUUACUUUUGUAUUGUGAUCGUCGAGUUAAGGGAGAAAAAAUUGUAAAGAAAAAAACAAACUAAAGAGAAAUCAAGGAAAUGGGAUAAUAAUGAACGGAACGAAGAAAAAAAAAAGUAAAAGCAUUAGUCGAAGGGAUAAAAAUUUUCUUGACUUUUCAAGAAGAGUCCGCUGCUUGACAACGUUACGUUUAUUAUUAUGAUCAUUAUCAUUACCAUUAUUAUUAUCGCUGUCGCUUGAACUACAAGCGUUAUUUUCAAAAUUGUAUAAAGCGUGUAAUAUUUAAGUCGCCUUAAUCAAAGAGUAGCUUAUUUUUGUAUCUCGAGUACAAUUGUAUGACAAUGUACUGGCGUUAAUCAGUUGCGAAAGCCUGUAAAUUAUUAUUAAUAAUAAUAAUUACGUGACGCGCAACGAUGAUAACCCUGUUAACGUUAUGAAUAUUAUUUAGGCACUUAUUAUUUAAACACAACGGCGCUGACUCCUGGGUCACGCAGACCCACGGCGUCGAACGGCGCUCCUAUAAAGAUGCCAAGGCGAUACGCUCGUUGCGGUAUAAUUAUUGUCGCAGGGUUUAAUCGUCGCGUAUUUAAUUAAUUAAAUAAUUAAUCGACGGCACCGCCGUUCGCCAAAGAGGUCCUCUAGUCCCUUCGCGGUGUAUUCCAAUGACACCUUUCUCUCUCUCU